AUGUUGCACGGCGCCGGCUCGGCCGACGCCGCAAUCCCCCCGGUCGUGCCACGUCUCGCAUGGCGGCAGGAGCGGAGGCGCCGGAGUGCGGCGGGGAAAGACAGGCAGCAGGAGCCACUAGUGGGGGGUCAGCGUGACCCGCAGGUGGGCGGGCAGCAGGGGGCCCGGGAGAGGAGCCGGCAGCCGCCGAGCGGAGGGCAGCAGGAGCUGCCGAGCGGAGGGCAGCGGCAGCUGCCGAGUGGAGGGCAGCGGCAGCUGCAGAGCGGAGGGCAGCAGGAGCUGCAGAGCGAAGGGCAGCAGGAGCUGCAGAGCGGAGGGCAGCAGCAGCUGCAGAGCGGAGGGCAGCAGCAGCUGCAGAGCGGAGGGCAGCAGCAGCUGCCGAGCGGAGGGCAGCGGGAGCUGCAGAGCGGAGGGCAGCAGCAGCUGCAGAGCGGAGGGCAGCAAGAGCCGAGCGGAGGGCAGCAGGAGCUGCCGAGCGGAGGGCAGCGGCAGCUGCCGAGUGGAGGGCAGCGGCAGCUGCAGAGCGGAGGGAAGCAGGAGCUGCAGAGCGAAGGGCAGCAGGAGCUGCAGAGCGGAGGGCAGCAGCAGCUGCAGAGCGGAGGGCAGCAGCAGCUGCAGAGCGGAGGGCAGCAGCAGCUGCCGGGCGGAGGGCAGCGGGAGCUGCAGAGCGGAGGGCAGCAGCAGCUGCGGAGCGGAGGGCAGCAAGAGCCGGUUUGGGUGUUGGAUGUGGAGAUGGCGAACGAGGCUUGCACCGAUGAGCUGGAAUCAAGCCCAAUGGAGGGGGAGAAUGCCAACCCUGAUUCCCCGGACCAAGCGGAAAGGCCCCGAGCGCGGGGCCGGGGCCGGAGGCGACGGGCAACCAAACUGCAGCAGCUGCAGAGCGGAGGGCAGCAGCAGCUGCCGAGCGGAGGGCAGCAGCAGCUGCAGAGCGGAGGGCAGCAGGAGCUGCAGAGCGGAGGGCAGCAGGAGCUGCAGAGCGGAGGGCAGCAGGAGCUGCAGAGCGGAGGGCAGCAGGAGCUGCAGAGCGGAGGGCAGCAGGAGCUGCAGAGCGGAGGGCAACAGCAGCUGCCGAGCGGAGGGCAGCAGCAGCUGCAGAGCGGAGGGCAGCAGGAGCUGCCGAGCGGAGGGCAGCGGCAGCUGCCGAGUGGAGGGCAGCGGCAGCUGCAGAGCGGAGGGCAGCAGGAGCUGCAGAGCGAAGGGCAGCAGGAGCUGCAGAGCGGAGGGCAGCAGCAGCUGCAGAGCGGAGGGCAGCAGCAGCUGCAGAGCGGAGGGCAGCAGCAGCUGCCGGGCGGAGGGCAGCGGGAGCUGCAGAGCGGAGGGCAGCAGCAGCUGCGGAGCGGAGGGCAGCAAGAGCCGGGGCAUAGGGCGGCAAUCAGGGAGCGGUUGGAGAAGUUUUGGGUCGGAGAGUGGCGGGAGUUGUUUGAGUUGGCGGUGGCGGUAAUGCAACCUGCGGCGCGUCCUUUGUCCUUCACCCCCCCCCGAGCAUGA